AUGGCUAUGCGUGACUAUGCAGCCGAUAAAGAAUCUUUUAAGAACUUCUUCAUAGAUUUUUGUCAAACUGAUGAUGAAGGGAAUAAACAGUUCAAAUACUCAGAUCAACUCACCAAGGUUGCACACAGAGAACAAAAUGCAUUUGUGGUGGACUUGGAUGAUUUACACGAUGCUAACGAGGAGCUGGCGGAGGCAGUGCGGCAGAACACGCGGCGGUACACCACCAUGGUGUCAGAUGUUGUGUAUGAGAUGCUUCCAGACUUCAAGCACAGAGAGGUGAUUGCCAAAGAUGCACUGGAUGUGUACAUAGAGCACAGAAUUAUGCUGGAGGCCAGGAACCACAGGAUCCCUGGAGAGAUGAGGGAUCCCCGCAACAGAUACCCUCCGGAACUCAUUAGGAGAUUUGAGGUGUACUUCAAGGACCUGUCCUCAUCAAAAUCCCUGCCAAUCAGAGAGGUGAAGGCUGAGCACAUUGGCAAACUGGUCACUAUUAGAGGCAUAGUGACGCGGUGCACGGACGUGAAGCCCCUGCUGGUGGUGGCGACGUACUCGUGCGCGGCGUGCGGCGCGGAGACGUACCAGCCGGUGCGCGGCCUGCAGUUCACGCCGCCGCCCGCCUGCACGGCCGACGACUGCCGCCUCAACAAGACGGCCGGACAACUACACCUGCAGACCAGAGGCUCACGCUUCCAGAAGUUCCAGGAACUUAAGAUACAGGAACAUUCUGACCAAGUGCCAGUGGGUCACAUUCCGCGUCAGUUGUCUGUGUACUGUCGCGGAGAGACGACGCGCCGCGCCCAGCCUGGAGACCAUGUGGCAGUCACUGGAGUCUUCCUACCACUGCUCACUUCUGGCUUCAGACAAGUUGUGCAAGGACUUCUCUCUGACACUUACUUGGAGGCCCAUUCAGUGCACUGCCUGAACCAGUCAGACGAGAGUGAGAUGGCUGAGGCCCUGACGGAGGAGGAAUUGGCAGAGCUCGCGGAUGAGGACCUGUACUCACGCAUGGCGCGCAGUCUGGCGCCAGAGAUAUACGGACAUGAAGACGUUAAGAAGGCACUGUUGUUGCUACUAGUAGGAGGUGUUGAUAAACGUCCAAACGGUAUGAAGAUCCGUGGCAACAUAAACAUAUGCCUGAUGGGUGACCCUGGAGUGGCGAAGUCUCAGUUGUUGAACUACAUCGACCGCCUCGCGCCGCGCUCUCAGUACACCACGGGUCGGGGCUCCUCCGGGGUCGGACUCACUGCCGCUGUUAUGAAGGACCCAUUCACUGGUGAGAUGAUGUUAGAGGGUGGUGCACUAGUAUUGGCUGACCAGGGCGUGUGCUGCAUCGACGAAUUUGACAAGAUGGCGGAGAACGAUCGAACCGCCAUACACGAGGUCAUGGAACAACAGACCAUCAGCAUUGCCAAGGCGGGUAUAAUGACGUGCCUGAACGCGCGCGUGUCGAUCCUGGCGGCGGCCAACCCCGCGUACGGCCGCUACAACCCCAAGCGGACCAUAGAACAGAACAUUCAGCUGCCUGCUGCACUACUCUCCAGAUUUGACCUCUUGUGGCUCAUACAGGAUAAGCCUAACCGCGAGAAGGACUUGGAGCUAGCGAAGCAUAUAGCGUACGUACACCAGCACUCGGCCCAGCCGCCGGGCGCGGUGCGCGCGCUGCCCAUGCGCCUCGUGCGGCGGUACGUCGCGCUCACCAAGAGGAAGAACCCCACCGUGCCCACGCACCUCGCCGACUACAUAGUCUCGUCAUACGUGGAGCUCCGUCGCGAGGCCCGCAACGCGCGCGACGUCACCUUCACGUCGGCCAGGAAUCUGCUCGCCAUACUACGACUGUCCACCGCACUGGCUAGACUCAGGUUGUCAGAUGUAGUGGAAAAAGAGGAUGUGUCGGAAGCUAUCCGUCUGGUUGAAAUGUCGAAACAGUCUCUGGCGCCUGUAGACGAGAACGUGCAAAGGGGUAUAAGUUCGACCGACCGCAUCUUCGCGAUCGUGCGCGACCUGGCAGGAUCGAACCAAACUGUUAAGAUAGCUGACGUCAUCGAGCGCUGUGUCGACAAGGGAUUCAAACCCGAUCAAGUGGACGCUUGCAUCGAGGAAUACGAAAAUCUCAAUGUGUGGCAAGUAAACCAAGUGCGAACGAAGAUCACGUUUAUGUAA